AUUCUCUCUCCUUGCGGAGUUGAAGGUGACAGUCGGUCUGUUUCCAGCUCGGUAUUCUGACCUCUGGAUCUGUUUUCCGGGCAUUCUGCGUUUUGCAUCCCGCUAACGAGCCUUCCCCCAGUAUGUCACGGUUUGCCGAGGUGCCUCAAGCCGCUCCGGUGGCCGUCUUUAAACUGACAGCCGAUUUCAGAGAGGACAAGCACCCGAGCAAAGUGAAUUUAGGAGUGGGAGCGUACCGCACAGAUGAAUGCCAGCCGUGGGUCCUGCCCGUGGUGCAAAAGGUGGAGCAACUGAUUGCUAACGAUCACAGCCUGAACCACGAGUACCUGCCCAUCCUGGGACUGCCAGAGUUCAGAGCCAGCGCUUCCAAAAUCGCCCUUGGGGAGGACAGCCCUGCCAUUAAGGAGAACAGGGUUGGUGGAGUGCAGUCUCUGGGCGGUACAGGAGCUCUGAGGAUAGGGGCUGAGUUUCUACGCCGCUGGUACAAUGGGAAAAACAACACAACCACUCCCAUCUACGUUUCCGCACCAACCUGGGAGAACCACAAUGGUGUGUUUGGUGAUGCAGGGUUCACGGAUGUCCGUCCCUAUCGGUACUGGGAUGCAGAGAAGCGUGGGCUGGCAUUGGCAGGAUUCCUGGAGGACCUGGAGAACGCCCCAGAGUACUCGGUGUUCUUGCUACAUGCCUGCGCCCACAACCCAACUGGAACAGACCCAACCCCAGACGAGUGGAAACAGAUCGCCGAGAUCAUGGAGAGGAAGAAGCUGUUUGCCUUUUUCGACUCUGCCUACCAAGGCUUUGCAUCAGGGGACCUGCAGAAAGAUGCCUGGGCUGUGCGUUACUUCGUGUCCAAGGGCUUUGAGCUGUUCUGUGCACAGUCCUUCUCAAAGAACUUCGGCUUGUACAACGAGAGAGUCGGGAACCUCACUGUCGUGGCCAAGGACUCUGACAACGCGAGUCGGAUCCUUUCCCAGAUGGAGAAGAUCGUCCGGACCAUCUGGUCUAACCCCCCGUCACAGGGUGCCCGGAUAGUAGCCACCACAUUGACCACCCCCGAGUUAUUUGCUGAAUGGAAGGACAACGUGAAGACCAUGGCAGACCGUGUUCUGUUGAUGAGGUCACAGCUGAAGGCAAAGCUGCAGGCUCUGGGAACGCCUGGCACCUGGGAGCACAUCACCCAGCAGAUCGGCAUGUUCAGCUUCACUGGACUCAACCCCAGUCAAGUGGGAUACCUGAUCAGGGAGAAGCAUGUCUACUUGAUGGCCAGUGGCCGCAUCAAUAUGUGUGGCCUGACCACCAAAAACCUGGACUAUGUGGCAGAGUCCAUCCACGAAGCUGUCACCAAGAUCCAGUAGUACUCCUUGUCUUCAGCAACUCCUAGCACUUGCUGAUGCUACAGAAGUGACGAUCACUUCAGUCAUGUCUAAUUGCACAAACCAUACCUCGCUCGCCAUGAGUCGAAGACAACGGGUCAGAUAGCUUUCAAUGUAUACCUACAAGAAAAGUCACAUUUGAAUUAACACUUGAUGUUCUAAUGUAACUUAAUGAGCUGUGUGUCUUUAAAGGCAGCCUCUGUCUAUGCUUUUUGGGCCAUGUAUGUGUUUUGCCUGGUUCUAGGAUACUGAAAUUAGUUGAUGAUCAGUAAUAUUAUGGUGUCUGUACCCACAGCCUGGGUUCCAACACAUUUUAGUAUUGUGUUUCCAUUUCCAGAAAUGCGUACACUUUAACACAGUAGAAAACGUGCUGUCUCUCGCUACCCAGAAAUGAUUUUAAUAAUACUUAUUAAACCUGUAGCACUGAUUUGCCAAAGCCUUUUCUUUAAACAGCAUUAUCACAAGUCACAGCAAUAGAAUAAGGCACUUGUGAGAAUGCUGUGACAGGAGGUAAGGCGAUGUUUGGAAAGUCUUCGUUUUUAAAUCCUUUUAACCAGCAGUGGGUGGUGCAUAAUAAUUUAAAAGAAAUGCAGCCUGAAAAACAUGGUUAAUGAUGAGGAUGUAGUGUGUGAUUUAAAGAAACUGCUACGUCCCAGAUCUUUUGGCUAGAGAAUGUCAUCUCUCUUUAGCAAUGGUUAAUGUUUAAAUGGACCUUGCUGCUCGAUAGUCACUUUAUGUUGCAUUUAUAGUGCUGUGUGAGCACUCUCUUAAUCAGACUGAUUUCUCCUUUAAAACCAUGAAACAGGCAGUGUUUUCUGCCAACUACAGCACUGAAGCUGCCAGUUCAAUGUUAAACACCAGGCAAUGCUCCCUUGAAAGUUGCCUCAUGUUUCAUGGAUUUUAGUAUUUUUUAUUUUCUUUUUGGAGGGGGUUGUUUUUUGUCAUUUCGUCUAUGAAUUGCACAACAAAUUAGGCAAUGUAAUUGACCUUUCCUGGUCUUAUGUAAUCCUGUUUAAUUAUGUGAUUUAUAGAAUUAAGAUGUUAAUUGUAUCUGUAUCUUAUAUCUGACAGUUCAAAUCUGGAUGUGUGCUUUAGUUUGUUCUUGUGUGUAAAUGUCUGUGUGCACGUUGACUCUCGCCUUGAAGCUGAGAGAACAAGGAGAAAUGUUCAUUUAAAAAAAUAAAUGUGAAAUGUGUAAUUCA